AUGCCUCCUGAAGAUACUAAUAUACUAUUACCGAAGCAAGACCCUUUAGAAAGAAAUGACAUUCCACAAGAUGAUGAUUUUGAUGAAGAUAAAGCCCUCUCUUCAAAUGAUAAGGACUCUCAAGAAGAGAACUCUGACCACACUUACAAUUCAACCCAGAGAUGGUAUCUUUUCUGGUUAAAAUAUUCAAAGGAAAUGAGCUAUCUAUUGAUAAUAGAAAAAGGAUACUCCAGAACAUUCCAUGAAAUAGACAGACAGUUAUCUCAAAAGUUGCCAAAAGACAUUAAAGCAACUAACAAAAUACUUUCAAAGAUAUCUUACCAUAUAUUAGCAACAUUCAAACUGUUAGACUAUUUAUUUAAGACUCUAUAUAAUACUAAGCCUGCAGAAAAUAAAAAAGAAGCCCUUAAAGUAUGGACAAUAUUGGAACAAUCGAUGCUAGCAGCUAGGUCUUUGCUGUUGGACUCUCUCUCUCAUACCAUACAGGUUAGAAGAGACUUGGCUAUCAAUACUAUCAUUCCUUCCCAUCAACCCAGAGCUAAGCACGACAAGUUGUUUGAAACAACCACAACCACAAAACAAACAAGAGCUUUAAUACAAACAAGUAUAGAGGCAGAGGUAGAGGAUUCCAUAAAAAAUUUAGAACUUCAAGUUAUAGGCAAAAUUUUUGGCUUGAUCCUCCACAAGGGGAAGGAAGAAUUGGCUGGCGGAUGCUGCAUCCAGGUUGAAGCUAGAAUGUCAAGACUGGUCAAUUCAGAAAAGUUUGUUCAAGAAAAUCAAUCAGUUACUGGGACAAUGCAAUAUAGACCUGUUUGCAAGCAGGUCCAACAAAAUGUUCCUGAAGUAUUGUUCCCUUAUUUCAGACAGAAAAGCUCUGACUACAAAUGCAUUGCAACUUCCAUGGAGAGGAUGCAAGUCUUGGACAAACCCUCCUUGAAUAUUAAUACUGAAAGUUUUAAACAAAGUAAUUCAAAAAAAAGUGACAAUAACUUUGGUCUUUUCUCUGUAGCAAACGAUACCUUGGUUUUCUACUUUAUUUCACCUUCUAGUAGAUCUCCCAGUUAUAAUUUCACCGAACUCAAUCAUAUACAAUUAUUAGAGAUUGAAUAG